CGAAUCUACAAGCUGAUUGGUCCCUGUAAGAUGACGUCAACACUAAGCGCCCGUCUUGGUUUCUGUUUCGGCUGCAGAGCUAACAGCUGCUCCGGCUGUGUUUUGGUCGGAUUUAGCCUCACAUGUGGAACACUCCGCGGCUCUGGAGGCGAGCUUCAGCUGGAGGAUGCAGAUCAGUCCGGGACUGAUGUCAGUCUGUGCAGAUCAUCACAUAUCAGUUCAGACCUGAAGAUUUGAGGUGGAUUUUAAUAGACUUUAUAAAUUAACUCUAAAUAAUCAAAGCAGCUUUGAUUUCAACUCUUGCCCAACUAUGACUGAAUAGAGUUAUCCUAAUAGGAGGACUACUCACUGAUCUGCAGCUCCAUGUAGGGUCAAAGGUGAGAUCCUCUAAACUUGUGUUGAUGGGGCAGAAGCUGUCCAUCUCAGAAUUGGCCUGCCAGUCAGUUCUGCUGUAGAAUCAGAUCUGAUCCAUGACUGAGUACUACGAGGAGGGGGGGCUGCUGUAUGAGCAAUCACCUCCCAUGCACAUCAAAGUGGAGUCUCCAGAGGGACCCUUUGGAGGGGGAGCCUCCGAGAACGGCUUCCCCCGCGAGGAUGAGGACUCGGAGGGCAGCUGCGACCAGAGCAGCUCCUUACCUGGAGGACUGCCCUUCAACGUGGUGGUGGUGCAUCCGAACAUCAUGGCGCCCGGCAUGUCCUCGGACGACCUGUUGUCUAUGGAACAAAACAGAGCCAUGUCUGCUGCACUGGCUGCAGGUGGAGCAGGAAAGAGGAAGAGCCGUUUCAGCGGAGCAGAGCUGGAGGUGUUAGUGUCGGAGGUCACUCGCUGUGAGGAGGAACUCUUCGGCCCUUGUGGGAGGCUCCGGCGGCGAGAAAGAGAGCGCAUCUGGGCUGGAAUUCUGGAGAGGGUCAACGCUGUGUCCAGAGUCCCACGGACUCUCCGAGAGGUGAAAAAGCGCUGGGACGAUUUAAAGAGGCGCAACGGAGGCAGGCUGGCGGACGCUCGGCACCGCACCUGUUACCUGCCGUCCAGCAGGGGGGCGUCAAUCCUCGGGCGUCCUUCCCAGCCAAGUCCCAGGCUUCAGCACGCCAGACAGAAGCAAAGCUCCAGGCCUAAGCCAAGCUUUCCGUGCUUUCCCGACUCUGAUACAGGUUUGGGAGUGGAGGGGUCAGAGAGGGAUGCUUUGGAGAAAGAUGAGGACAAUCCUGAACGGGAUAGAGAUAUGGGAGACCCGGACUGUGAAGCGGUGGAGAACAGCAUGGAGGACAAACUGGGAUUGGGAUUGGGUUUGGGAAUAGGACCGCCCCCUCCAUCGGAAAGAUGGCUGCCUCCUUCUCCUCUCUACACUGCGCCUUUCCUUAACGGCAGCCCUCAGCCCAGCAGCCCUCAGCCGUCACUGGGAACACAGCAGGGUCCCCUCGAAGCCCCCCCACGCAGCUCCUGGCUUGAAGAUGAACUUCGAGGCCUGGGCGAAGCCGCAAUCCAGCUUGGGAGCCGGAUAGAAAAGAGCCUGCUGGAGUUUGGUGAAGGUUUCAGACAGGACAUGAGGACCCUCGUUGCUUCGCAAGAAGCAUUAGCGGUCAGUCUCCAACAAAACAAUAUCCUCUUGCAAAGGCUUCUGGGAGUCCUGGAGGCCCAGCAGCAGCCGCAGCAGCACCGCGUCCAACAAACGCACCCGCCACAAACCCCUCAGCAGCACUUACAGCCCACCCAGCACGCAGAGCCACAGCAACACCUGGAGAUGCCUCCACAGCCACAACACCAAACACAGCUGCAGCCGCAGCUUCCCAAGCACACCAACAACAUCCCAGCCGGAGAAGAGGCGCCUGCGCCGUCGUCUCCAGAGAUGCACGACUCUUUUCCCCCUGGGCUAACCAUAGACUCUGCUGGAGACGUGCAGAGGCCACGGCGAGGGAAAGCCAUGGAGCACAGGCGCAGAAAACGACGCUGAGGAGAAUGUAUUGAAAGACUGCAACUGAUGUUUUGAAGUGCAAAUGAAGCUACACUUUUUACUGACGGUACUACUUAUAUACAGUUUUAAUCUCCAAAUCUGGGACAAAUCCAGAUGUUGAAUCCAUUUAGUUAUUAACUUUGAGUGCAGGUGGAAUGGAAGCAAGUCAAUGAAGAACACUUAAGUAACGGGUGGCCUUAAUGUUUUAUGGGUGAUUAGAAAACUGCAAAUACUCCUGUGACACACACAGGACUAAUGGCACCUUCAGCAUUCAGUAUCUGGAAACAUAGUAGAGGCAGAUGUGCAAUAAGCAUGUCCUCUCAUAAUAAUUGCAGCAGAACUGUUAAGCUCAGUUAUGCUAACUCGUUCAGUCAUGUCUUACUACUUCUGAUAAUCUAUUGUCAUAAAGUACUUGUAAUCUGCAGUUGUUGCCAUACAUUAGAGUUAAGCAGCUAUUGUAAAUACCUGCUGACGUAUUCUUGUGCUUUUUCAAAAUUUGAUUUUGAAUUAGAUAGUUUUAUGGCACCCCUUGAAGGAAAUACAGGGUGCUAAAUAGCUGAUUGAACCAACUGGCCACGUGGUCACCACGUGUUUUAUUAGUUUCAUGAUCCAACAUUUGCUUGGACCCUAAAGUGUUCGGGAAAGUGCAUUUUCAGGACUAAAGUGUGAUAUUUUUAAAGGGUUUUUAAAGGUUUGGGUGGGGGGGAGAAACACCUUAUGCCUGUAUAUACUUUACUAUAUAUAUUUAUGCUUCAUUUUAAAAGCAUUCAUAAAUAUGGGAGCUGUUGAUAAUCUUGCAUGCAGCAUCAUGGAUGUAAAUAGUUCCAAACAAAGCAGUGUACGGCCAUCGUCUGUGUAGUUUUACACAAGUCAUAUUUUGUAGAUAGCAACUGUUACUGAUGAAAUGUAAGUACAAAUAAAACACAGCCAUGGACUGCAAACAAGAUGAA